UGGGGUGCCACCUCAAGCCCCCACUUCCCAGGGUCUCCCAGUACCUUCCAGGCAGCCCCGGCGACUGGAGAAGCCCCCCUGGAACUGGAUCUUCAGGUUGAGGAUGGGGACCACGUCUGUCUGGGCUUUGAGCCUCCUUAUGUUCCAGAUACUGCUCUUUGUGGCUGGGGAACAGGGCACACAGGAUGCUGCCACCAGUGAGAAGGGGCUUCAUAUGCAGAAGGUGGGGUCUGGGCCAGUGCGGGCUGCACUGGCGGAGCUGGUGGCCCUGCCCUGUCUCUUCACCCUGCAGCCACGGCCAGGUGCAGCCCAAGACGCCCCUCGGAUUAAGUGGACCAAGGUGCGGACUGCAUCAGGACAGCGACAGGACUUGCCCAUCCUGGUGGCCAAGGACAACGUGGUACGGGUGGCCAAGGACUGGCAGGGGCGAGUGUCGCUGCCCUCCUAUCCCCGGCGCCGAGCCAAUGCCACGCUACUGCUGGGGCCUCUGAGGGCCAGCGAUUCCGGGCUCUAUCGCUGCCAGGUGGUGAGGGGCAUCGAAGAUGAGCAGGACCUGGUGCCUCUGGAGGUAACAGGCGUUGUGUUCCACUACCGGGCAGCCCGGGACCGCUAUGCACUGACCUUCCCUGAGGCCCAGGAGGCCUGCCAUCUCAGCUCAGCCACGAUUGCAGCCCCACGGCACCUGCAGGCCGCCUUUGAGGAUGGCUUUGACAACUGCGAUGCUGGCUGGCUCUCAGAUCGCACCGUUCGGUAUCCUAUCACUCAGUCCCGUCCUGGUUGCUAUGGUGACCGUAGCAGCCUUCCAGGGGUUCGGAGCUAUGGGAGACGCAACCCACAGGAACUCUACGAUGUGUAUUGCUUUGCCCGUGAGCUGGGGGGAGAGGUCUUCUACGUGGGCCCGGCCCGCCGCCUGACAUUGGCCGGCGCGCGUGCCCAGUGCCGCCGCCAGGGCGCCGCGCUGGCCUCGGUGGGACAGCUGCACCUGGCCUGGCACGAGGGCCUGGACCAGUGCGACCCGGGCUGGCUGGCCGACGGCAGCGUGCGCUACCCGAUCCAGACGCCGCGCCGGCGCUGCGGGGGCCCGGCCCCGGGCGUGCGCACCGUCUACCGCUUCGCCAACCGCACGGGCUUCCCCGCGCCCGCCGCGCGCUUCGACGCCUACUGCUUCCGAGCUCAUCACCCCACACCACAACAUGGAGACUCAGAGAUGCCCUCAUCUGGAGAUGAGGGGGAGAUUCUAUCAGCAGAGGGGCCCCCCGUCCGAGAACUGAAGCCUAAUCUGGAGGAGAAGAAGGUGGUCACCCCUGACUUCCAGGAGCCUCUGGUGUCCAGUGGGGAAGAAGAGCCCCUGAUCUUGGCAGAGAACCAGGAGUCUCCAGAGACCCCCAGCUCUACCCAUGAGGACCCUGCGCUGGCCUCAUGGCUCACUGAGGAAGUGAAGUUGAGCACGGUGGCCCCCAGUCCCAGCAGCACAGGGGCAGGCACUGCAGCGAGUACACACACGGAGGUGGCCCCACCUGGCCCCACACCUAGGAGGAGGGGGCGCUUCAAAGGUUUGAAUGGGCGCCACUUCCAGCAGCAGGAAUCAGAGCAAGGGCUGGAGUGGGGCCUUGAGGCCAACACCCAGCCCCCCACCCCAGAGGCUGCUGUGAAUCACGUCGAGCCCCCCUUGGCCUCAGGAGCCACAGAGGCCUCGGGGAGUAGCCGGAGCUGGAGCCCCUGGGCUGAUCUCACCAAUGAAGUGGAUGUGCCUAGAGCUGGUUCCCCUGGUGGCAGAAGCCCCCCAGAGCCCUGGCUGUGGCCCCCCACCAUCAUCCCACCCAGCCUCCCAGGUCCCAGCAGGGCCCCUGGCCUGGAGCUAGAGAAGGCCGAGGGCCCCAGAGUGAGGCCAACCACCCCAGACCUGCCCUGGUCUCCCUUGGAGGCCUCUGUCCCUGCUCCCAGCCUCUCAGAGGGCCCCAGUACUGGCCCUUGGGGAGCCUCCCUCACGGUCACUUCCCCAGACUUCCCUAUGAUGGCCAUGCUGCGUGACCCCAAACCAUGGCUUGUACCACACUCAACACCUGUCCCCACCAAAGCCAGUGAGGUCGGGGGGCAUGGCAAGGCCAUGGCCACUGCCCCACGCUCCCCUGUCUCAGAGACCGAGGUAUAUUCCCUACCCCCCUCCUUGGGCCCAACAGGACAGGGUGGAGAGGCAACACCCACAACACUCAGCAGCCACGGAGCAGGAAGUCCCACAGCCCCCUUCCAGGCAGCCACAGACACACGAGCUGGAGCCAGCCCUCACUCCCCCAGGGCAGACUUUGGAGAAAUUGGGGGGACCAGCCCUACUCUGCUCAGCCAAGCUGAGCAUCCCAGAUCCAGCCCAUGGGCUUCUGUGGACAGGAACAUGACGGCAGAUUUUGCCCCCACCAAGACUGCCACUGAGCCCACGGGUGUCAGAAGCAUCUGGAAGUCUGAGUCUGGGGUCUCCAACACAGCAGGAAGCCCCACUUCUGGCUUGCAGGCCACCAUGGAUGAGGAUCAGGGCACCUGGCCCUCUCUGUACAGCAAAGGGCUAGACACCAGCCCCCCAUCUGCACCUUCAGGGGGCUUUGGAGUCUUCUUCGUGCCUGGGGUCACCCCAAGUUUGGAGUCUUGGGCUGCUACACAAGGAGGAGACACAGUAGACCCCAGCAAUGCCGGUGGAAUUUGGGAACCUGGAUCCCAUGUGGUUGAAGGAGCUGAAAGUCCCACAUUGAGCCCUCAGGUGGCCAUGGAUACAAGCAUGGUGACAUCCCUCAUGUCCCUGGACCAGCAGGACAAGGUUGGGCUCAUGGUCACGUCCAUAGUGGCCUCCUCAAGCUCCCAACCCCACUCAGAGCCGGGGAGGCAGAUGGUGGCUCAGGAAACAGUGGGAGCCCCUCUGCCUCUGGGAAGCCCCCUGGGGAAGCCGGCUCUUCCUCCUUGGACAUCAACUGCAGCUGGCAUGGAUGAGGCUACCUCCGUUUUCUCGGGGGAGCCUACUGUGCCGUGGGACUCCCCCAGCACCCUGCUGCCUGUCUCCCUGGGCACAGAAGAGUUUGAACUGGAGGUCCUAGCGGGGAGCCCAGGUGUGGAGAGCUUCUGGGAGGAGGCGGCGAGUGGAGAGGAGCCUGCCCUGCCAGGGACCCCGGCAAAUGCAAGUGCAGAGGAGGCCUCCUCAGAUCCCUGUGAGAACAACCCUUGUCUGCAUGGAGGGACCUGUAACGCCAAUGGCACCAUGUACGGCUGUAUCUGUGACCAGGGCUUCGCUGGGGAGAACUGUGAGAUUGACAUUGAUGACUGCAUCUGCAGCCCCUGUGAGAACGGAGGCACCUGUAUUGACGAGGUCAACGGCUUUGUCUGCCUUUGCCUCCCCAGCUAUGGGGGCAGCCUCUGUGAGAAAGACACGGAAGGCUGUGACCACGGCUGGCACAAGUUCCAGGGCCACUGCUACCGCUACUUUGCCCAUCGUCGGGCAUGGGAAGAUGCCGAGAGGGACUGCCGCCGCCGAGCCGGCCACCUGACCAGCAUCCACUCACCUGAGGAGCACAGCUUCAUUAACAGCUUUGGUCAUGAAAAUACGUGGAUCGGCCUCAAUGACAGGAUCGUGGAGAGAGAUUUCCAGUGGACGGACAACACUGGGCUGCAAUAUGAGAACUGGCGGGAGAACCAGCCAGACAAUUUCUUCGCGGGUGGAGAGGACUGCGUGGUGAUGGUGGCGCAUGAGAGCGGGCACUGGAACGACGUUCCCUGCAACUACAACCUCCCCUAUGUCUGCAAGAAGGGCACAGUGCUGUGUGGUCCCCCUCCAGUGGUGGAGAAUGCUUCACUCAUCGGUGCCCGCAAGGCCAAGCACAAUGUCCAUGCCACCGUACGCUACCAAUGUGACGAAGGGUUUGCCCAGCACCAUGUGGCCACCAUCCGGUGCCGGAGCAAUGGCAAGUGGGACAGACCCCAGAUUGUCUGCACCAAACCCAGACGGUCACAUCGGAUACGGCGACACCACCACCACCACCAACACCACCACCAGCAUCACCACCACAAAUCACGCAAGGAGCGCAGAAAACAUAAGAAACACCCAGUGGAGGACUGGGAGAAGGACGAAGGGAAUUUCUGCUGAGGAUCCAGGCAAAAGAAAGCACAACCCCCUUCCCACACCUCCUCUGGAGCCUUCACCUGGGGAGACAGAGCCCAGAGAAAAUCAAAAGGGUCUGGAAGUCCCGAGCCCCGAACCACAUCCCACCCCACGUAACCCUUAUGUAAAAAGCUCCUCUCCUCUUUCUUACAUGCACAAGGUCCUCUUGGCAGGUGUAGCCAUGUGUCUGAAAGCCCAUUCUCAUCAGGCUGAACUCUGGGAGCACCCCCAGCUGAGAGAAGCACAGUUGGUGAAGAUCAUUCCUUGCAUGGUUUAGUCUUUCAUUUGCCAGGCUGGUUGCCAGUUGUUGAAAUAAGGCUUUGGUGAGGGUGCAAGAGUGUACAUUUGGAUUCACACUGAGGAAUUACUUUUCACACUAGGGAUCCAGGCUUAGUAAACAGUUGACUGUCCUAAAUCCAGGAUGAAGCCUUUACAGAAUGUCUUUGGUUUGGGGAGUACAAGGCUAAGCAGAAGAAUACCGCUUGACCUUGAUGACUUGAACUUCACCCUGAACCUCAGCCCAAGUUCAGCUUUUGGUCUUGGUGGAUGAACAUAGUGUGGAACUGCCAUGUACUGAAUCCUAGGAAUGUUUUUAGAACACCUCACUCCAUGCCCUCAGAGUUAGAGGUGAGAAUGAGCAAAGUGGUAUGUACGUGAUGGAGGGAAAGCGUAUUGCUAACCCUCCCAGGACUAGUCCAGCACUGCCGUGUGGUGGUUCUGCAUGUGUAAUGAGAGAUGUUCAGGGCUAGAUGAGCCUGGAUUUCUUCCCCUUCCAUCUCUCAGGGAGACAAAGAACCUCCUUCCUGGACCAAGAAAGUGCCAAGUUUUCUAGCCUAGAGCCCAUACCCGUAUCUCAAGCAGACAUUGGUAGUGCUCCUGCCCUGGGCCCCACCCCUGCCCCACCCCAUCCCUGUCUCCAGCCAUUGCCUGGCAGACUAGAAAUGCUUAAAACUUGAAGUAGUGACACCUACCUGCGGUCAUAUUGUAGAGAGAUGUGCAGUGUUAAAACUGAAACACACACAGACACACACUUUUUUUUCUCUCAUAGUUUUUAAUUUUUUUAAGUGGGAGAAACUUACCCUGCAUUCCUCCCCCCAAUCUGCAACCUGCAAAAGACCUCCCCAAGCCAGAAUCCAGCAUCCAGCUCCCUGAUCUCUGGCAGAAAAAAUCCACAGCUUUUCCUUCAUAUCUGUUAUGCACUCUCAACCCCUCCAGUCUGGGAAAAAUCUCUGGAUUAAUGUUUAAAAACCACAUUGGGGAAUGGCCCUCUGCAGGAAAGAAAGAUAAGCAAAUACAUGGGCCAUCUAGGGUUUCAGUAGAGAAAGAAUGUGUUAACUGAGCCUGUAUCCCUAAGAAUCAUGGCUGACAACUAUGGAGUAGGUACCAUGCUAACAAUUUACACAUGGCUGCCUUGCAUCUUCUCAACAGCCCAGGGCCUUAGAAACCAUUGUUUUCCCAUUUUACUCAUGGCGAAACUGAGGCUUUAUAAGGCAAAUGCACUUGCUUGAAGUCACAGCCAAGACAGGAGUAAGGAUUUAGUCCUGACUCCAAACACAGCUCCAGACUUCAGGGAAGAAAUUGAGAUGUAAUUGCCCUCUCCGACAUGAACACAAGCAGAUUUAGGAAAUGACUGAGAAGUGUAAACUGGACCCUUAUCAUUGACAGUGGUCUUCAAUCUUCAAUCUUCCCUGCUAUGGACAUUAUCCAUGGUUAUACCUUAUGGUUAUUGUUGAGAAAGCCCAGGGAUAUAGGUUUGUCUUCUUUCUUUGAUAAUUCUUCUUGGCUUAAAAAAAUAAUAAUAAUAAUAGCACAUCCAUCAUCCAUGUCACAAAAGAAUUUUCUUUUGUUUGGGGGACUGGGGAUGCAAUUUGGGGGGGGGUCUUGGUUUAUGCUCCCUGCCCUUGGACCCCUACAUUCCUUGUUCUGUCCUCACCCCAGCUACAUGGUGGGAGGGGGCUCUGGUCUUUUCUAAAGUGGGUGGUUCGUCUUUUGAUCUUUCCCUUUGGGAUGUGUGUGUGUGUUUGCGUGUGCCACAUGUGUGGCAUGCGUGAGAGUGUGUGUGCGUGUGAACAGCUUUGGGUUCUGCUGGUUUUGUUGUGAGCUGCAGUGUUCCGUGGGUCUGUGGUAUCUGACACUGUGGACAUUAAUGUACUUCUUGGACAUUUUAAUAAAAUUUUUUAACAGUUCA